AGAAAGCCGGAGAUGACUGCCGGAAAACCUCCUGCCCCACAAUGCAGAGGUCGGCGGUGUCGUCACCCGGAGAGCGCCCUGGAUGGGGUGGGCGGUUUCUGCCGCCUCUGCCACCACCUCUGCUGCCUCAGAACCUGCCGUCGCCGCCGCCGCUGCCGUCCCCGCUGCCACCGCUUCCUCCUCCCCCGCCGCCGCCGCCUCCUCCUCCUGCCCCUCGGCCACCUCUACACGACCCAGGCCCUCUGUCCUUGAGAGGAAUCCGUAUUCAGUCUCCUUCGCGGGCACGGGGCGCAGCUAUGGCGGACGGCGGGGCGGAGGGGGGCACCGGCGCGGUGGGCGGCGGCGGCGCCGGCCAGGCCUCGGCGGGGGCGACGACAGGCGCGACGGGGGCCGGUGGGAGCGGCGGCCCCAUCAACCCGGCCUCACUGCCUCCCGGCGACCCGCAGCUCAUCGCGCUCAUCGUGGAGCAGCUCAAGAGCCGGGGGCUGUUUGACAGCUUCCGCCGGGACUGCCUGGCCGACGUGGACACCAAGCCAGCUUACCAAAACCUGAGGCAGAAAGUGGAUAAUUUUGUGUCAACACAUCUGGACAAGCAGGAGUGGAAUCCUACGAUGAACAAAAACCAAUUGCGAAAUGGUCUGAGGCAGAGUGUGGUUCAGUCAGGGAUGUUGGAAGCUGGAGUGGACAGAAUUAUUUCCCAGGUGGUGGAUCCCAAACUAAACCACAUCUUCAGGCCACAGAUAGAACGAGCAAUUCACGAGUUCCUGGCGGCCCAGAAAAAAGAAGCUGUGCCAGCACCCCCUCCAGAGCCUGAAAGCCAGGACCCUCCAGCUCCAUCCCAGGAUGCUUCCUAAGGUCCAGUAUCCCAUCUUUUGUCCAGGAACAUUCACCUCUGGCUUAUAGAUAUAGAAAAUGGAUAGAAAAGGGAAUAUGCCUGACACGUUUUGGAAGCUCCAUUGAAUUAAUGGUGAAGAACUGGAUUCAGUUACAUAAGAGUACAACUUCAGAGUGAAGACAGGCCAAGGUCAUCACUGACUUCACAAUUCAACGUUGACUGUGGGGCGAUGUCCAGAUAAAGUAGGGAGCCAGUGGGCCAGUAGCAGAGUUGACCAUGUGGGCCCCACGUCGUGCUGCCCUCUGGCCAGCCUGUCCAAGGGGUGACACCUAGUAGACACUACAGAUACAUUAAGAAACACUACAUCAACUUGGGGUUGUCCUGAAACAAACCUUUGUACUUGAACUUAGAGACUGUGUAUGAAUUUUGGGUUUGUUCUUGGGGAUAAGCAAGAGCUACAAUGAAGGAACAUAACCAGUCCCAAAGAUGCAAUUUCAAAGAAUGACAGUAAAGGUUAGCCAGGGGUAGGUAUUUAACAAUGCUUAUUUGAUACUGUUUCUCAGAGUUGCAAAUAAGAGUGUACAAGCCAUUAGCAUCAGAUAGCUUUAAGGUUGUCGUGACCCUCUUGUCCAUGACUCUUUAGCUUCCGUUUCCUUUCCCCUGUAAGAGGUGUCAAAACACGGGACCCUAGAAUGCAUGAGGAAAUGUAGACUUAGGUAUAAGGAAAAACAUUUGCAGGCUCUCUAUCCAGGGCUUCUUCCUAUCCUGCAAGGGCUAGUGAGUCUUGGGUGUGUUUAUUUUAUUCUCAUGUUUGUGUUUUUUAGAAGGUGAAUAAUUAACAAGUGGCUUAAGUUUUGUAAUUAAAUCAUUUGAUACUCUGAAGCUUCGACUAAUUCUU